UCUAUGGGGAGCGGAAUUCACAUUUCAAAACAAACUUGCCUUAUUGUCUGUCAGGUUAUCUGUCAGUUUAGUAAAAAAGGAAACAGAUUUGUUUCAUGAGAUUUAAUUGAGGUAUUUUGAAAUGUAACAGCUAACUAGUUUAAUUGCAUGCACGCUUUUAUUUUUUUAAUUACACUCAGGAUGUGUGCCCCUUGAAAAGUUUAAAAAGUCCACGCUAACGUUAGCUGUAUGACCGAUUAGCUGGCAGUAAUGGAUGCGGGUGAAAAACAUCCCACUUCUUGUGCAGAUAGGAAGGGAUCCGAUAUACUAAGGCCUGCCUCAAUCGAUGACUUCGUUGUUUUGAAGCCCAUCAGCCGUGGUGCCUUUGGAAAGGUUUACCUUGCACGGAAGAAAUGUAAUCCACGAUUUAUAUGCAAUCAAGGUUGUGAAGAAAUCUGACAUGCGUGACAAAAAUAUGGCACAUCAGAUGAAGGCAGAGAGAGACGCAUCGGCCCUCAGCAAAAGUCCCUUUGUCGUGCACCUGUUCUACUGUCUCCAAACAGCAACAAAAGUGUAUUUGGUGAUGGAAUACCUAAUUGGAGGAGAUGUGAAAUCCCUUCUUCACAUCUACGGAUAUUUUGAUGAGGACAUGUCAGUGAAAUACAUUUCAGAGGUGGCUCUUGCUUUAGACUACCUCCAUCGCCAUGGAAUCAUCCACAGGGACCUGAAGCCAGACAAUAUGCUUGUAUCUAAUGAAGGCCACAUCAAGCUUACAGACUUUGGCCUCUCCAAAGUCAAGCUUGACAGAGAAUUGAGUCUUGCCGAUAUUUUGACAACCCCAUCUUUGGCCAAGCCUAAACAGGAUUAUUUCCGCACCCCUGGUCAAGUCCUGUCUUUGAUCAGCUCUCUUGGCCUUAACACACCAGCAGUGGAGAGCAAGUGCCGCAGGAGCACCUCGGCUGUGUUCAGCCCUAUGUCAUGUGGGAAAAUUGAACAGCGGAAAAACUCGCUCUGUUCGCCCUUGAGGAGACAGAAGGAAUACCUGCGUUCCCCUGUCUGCCAUAGCCGGACUUUGGGACCCAACAGCUUUGUGUUCAGCUCAUAUGCUUUGACCAAGAGCCUGACUCCCAGGCUGCUCAAGUCCAGAAGGAGGUUUGAGACGAUGAGCGCAGGCAGCAGCCAAUCAUGCCUCUUCCCCUCCACCACGGACUCUGAGGGAGGUGUCAGCCCACUAUGGGAGGUAGAGCAGAAGGAGAUGGAGAACUUCCUGCACCUAUAUGGUAGGAAUACAAGUGGACCAAUGGGAGGAAAGUCGACCUCUGAUAUGCGAAUGCAGCGCCGGGACUCUGCUCUGGCAUCGUUGGACAACUUAAACCUACGUGGACAGCUCCACCGAGAACCCAGUACUGGAGAACUGUCCAGGAAGGCCAAAGCGGAACCUCUUGCUGGGAAGAGGCUUCAGUUUAACGAGGUAGAGCAGUCUGCCCCACCCCAGAAGCCUGAUCGCUCUCAACCAAUCAGAGGCUAUGUUUCUGGAGUUGAAGGUCAAUGUGCCACCGAAGGGAAACCAAAGGGAGGUCAUGUUGUGGUAACCUCAGCAGGAAAGAGAGUGUUUGAGGAGGUGGAAAGAAGUCCUGAGCAGUUGGAAUCCCUUUCCAAGAAGAGCGACUCAGCGUACCAGAGGUGUUAUGGUGUCCCAGAAAUUGCUUUGAAGAAUCACACUGGUCUGACAGGGGUGUUUGCCAAUGUCCAUUUGGAGGUGUUUGGAUCUGAGGGUCGAGGGACUGCUGAAGGCCAGGUCUACAAACGCUCCAGUCCCAUUGCUGUGGCUAAAAACCUCCUGUGUGAGUUGGAUGGACCAGCAGAGGGGGUCUUCAUCGAGGGCACGUCAUUUGGUGAAGAGCUGAGCAGGAGCCUGAGCGCUGACUCUGAGGGGUCGACUCAUGAAAUGUCCAUCGUCGUCAACAGCCCAACCCCUAAGAGGUCGGCUCAAAGUGCAAAAGAGGGGCGUUGGGCGUUGUUCCAUCUAGACGAUAUACAAGAUCACCCAGCAAUAUCACCCAGUGCCCCACUGCUUCCUCAGCCACCCACCUUCGCUAGUAUAGGAACGGCAAGGCCGGGCAACGGGCUCACCCUGAGAGGAGGCAAAUCCAAGCACUCCUUCCUCGACCGAGUCCCUGAGCUGGACCCCAGGGUGGCCAAGUCACCCUCGUUCCUCAAGCCCAGGAACGCGGUGGCCUUCCGGAGCUACUGCAGCUCCAUCAACCGCUCCAACAUGUCGUGGAACUCACGGCUCGGCCUGGGCUCAGUGGGGGCCAUGGAUACGGUCACUUCAGCCUCCUACCACAGUAUGCCCGCUGCUGUCACACCAGUCCAGAAGAGACCCAGCUCCAACAACUCCCUCUAUCAGACCCCACAGCCGACGACCACCUCCCACACCCCAUUCAGGACCCCUAAGAGUGUCCGACGCGCUCCAGUACCUGUGGAGGGAGUACCGAUUUUAGGUACCCCAGACUACCUAGCCCCAGAGCUGCUAUCGGGGAAACCACAUGUUUCAGGAUGUCGUAAAUUUGACUUCAUGGUGGACUGGUGGGCCCUGGGUGUGUGUCUGUUUGAGUUCCUUACCGGCGUGCCCCCCUUCAACGAUGAAACCCCUCUGCUUGUCUUCCAGAAUAUUCUCAACAGAGAUAUUCCAUGGCCCGAAGGUGAGGAGGAGCUAUCCCACAAUUCCCGGAAUGCCAUAGAGAUCUUACUCACCAUGGACAUGAACAAACGGGCUGGUCUCAAAGAACUGAGGAGCCACACUCUGUUUGCGGGGUUGGACUGGGAUAACCUUCAGAACCAGAGCAUGCUCUUCAUUCCUCAGCCGGAGGACGAGACGGACACGUCGUACUUUGACGCAAGAAACACUGCACAGCACCUCGUCAUGUCUGGCUUCCGUCUGUAGGCUUGCUCUCCAGGGUUGGGGUCAAUUCAGGAAGUACACUGAAAUAUCAAUUCUCUUCAAUGCUUUUCCAUUUGGGAUGAUUUAAUAUAUACAAUUUUUUUUUGUGUGAAUUAGUUGUUGAAUAUUUGUACUGUGUCGACUUAACAGCACAACUGUCUUUUUUAUCCACAUAGCACCAUGUUUCCCUGCUCUUCUAUGCACCUGCCAUUUGUGAAGUGACUGCUAUGAUGAUCCAUUUCUUCUUCAUGCAGCAGGUCAUAUACACUACAUCUGUAUGCAUGCUCUUCACAAAAUGUUUUUACAUGUUAUAAAUACAAAUAAAACGGUUGUGUGAAGUGAUUAAAAA